AUGGAAUCAGAGAAACGCUAUGCUUCAGCUUCUUCUUCUCUCACCCCUACUUCUUCGUCUUCAUCUUCCUCUUCGUCUCCGUCCGAGGAGAUUGAGGCGGCUGAGACUCUAGCUUACCUUGCGCGAUUAGCAAUGCGCCGCCACACUACUCAUUCCACCGAUAAUUGCUGCACCAAACGAUUCGACCUCGACUCACAUAUUCCUCACUCGGAUCUUCCUCCGCCUAGUAGGGGCCAAGGUGUUGCAGGUCAGCAGCUAGAUGAGAAAGUAUCGUGCACUUCAUCCAUAGAAACAGAAAGGAAUCAGCAAAAUGACCGCUUAAGAAACAUCAAGGUGGAGCAGGAUGCUGAUUUAUCUAAGACUAGUCACUGCAACAAGUCAAGACGUAAUUUAACAGAGGAAGAAAAAGAAGCACGGAGGAUACGAAGGGUAUUGGCAAAUAGAGAGUCCGCUAGGCAGACAAUUCGCCGCAGGCAGGCUCUGAGUGAGGAGUUAAGCAGAAAAGCUGCCACCUUAGUGCUGGAAAAUGAAAACCUAAAGAGAAAGAAGGAGCUGGCUUUGAAAGAGUAUCAGUCUUUAGAGACUACAAAUAAGCUCUUAAAAGCACAAGUAUCUAAGUCAAUAAACACGAAAGUGGAAAAAACUCCUGUUGCGCAGGAGUUAUCUAUGGCCGAUGUAGCACCUAUGUCUGGUAAUAGUCCAUGGUUUCAUUAUAACCAUUUUCCGGUUAGACAAUUAUUUUGGCCCUCCAUCUUUCAAUCUUCUAAUCAAGUUCAUACACCAUUUAACUCCGCCAUUCCAUCACAUGUAUACAUACCAUGUUCUUCUGAGUCUGAACCUCCUCACAAGAAAAAUAACCUUAUAAAUGACAAUCAAACACAAAAGCCAUUGUACAUGUUUCCAUGUCCUUGGUUAUACCCUCCUCCAGAUAUUGGAAAUGGACAGCCACCGGCUUCCAGAUGCAUAGAAGAUAAACAAGAUAAUCUUCCUCCAGAUAAACAAUGCAGUACUAGUUUAUCCUUAAAUAGAGCAGGAAAUGGGAGUUAUCAUGCAACUCUACCUAUCAAAUUGAAAACAGAACCUACUGACCGGACCGAAUCCAGAUCUAGUAGUGGCCCUGGUCACACCACUCCAAGUUUUUCUUUGGAUGGAAUUGAGCAGAAAAAAAGAUGUCACAAUAUAGAAAAGUUCCAUAGACCUGCAUUUGAUUGUAAUAGACAUGCUUUUGUAGUCAAGCAAGAACCCGAGCUUCAGUUAAAUUUGGCUUCCAACACCAAGGCAUCUUCAACAGCUUCUGGUAUCACAGCUUCUUCACUGGAAAAGAAACAAGAACAGUUCAUAUGUAAAGGAAAAAAUCUAGCGGAUGCAGUUGCUGCGGCAGAGGCACGAAAGAGGAGAAAGGAACUAACAAAGUUAAAAAGUAACCAAAGCCGCCGGAUGGAGUGUUGA